AUGGCGUCACCACAACAGCCACAGGUCUAUCAGACCAAGCCCGAGUACUCGUCCUCGGUCCUGGUCAGAGGCACACCUGACUAUGAGCGCUGCCGGCGCAUGAACCCCAGCUCGGCCACGCCAGACCGCUACCCGCAGGAGAUUCACGUUCCACGCACACCCCAGGAUAUCGCCGCGGCACUGCGCAAGGCGGCCUCGCUGGGCGUGCACGUGGGCAUCCGCAGCUCGGGUCACGUCUUUGGCCUGGGCGCGCUCGUGCAGGACGGUAUCAUGAUCGACACCGUCAACCUCAACCGCGGCGUCGAGUACGACCCGGCCACGCAGGAGAUCACGUUCGGGCCGUCGGUCCGCGUCGAGGAGGUCGCCGGCAAGCUCAAGGAGAUCAAACGCUUCUUCCCACACGGGCACGCACCCACGGUCGGCGCGGGCGGGUUCCUCCUCGCGGGAGGGCAGGGCUGGUUCGUGCGCGGCUGGGGCGCGACGGCGCAGUCGUGGAUCACCAAGAUGGAGAUUGUGGUGCCGGACGGCCGCGUCCUGAUGGCCAGCCGGACAGUGAACCAAGACCUGUUCUGGGCGGCGCGCGGGAGUGGGCUGGGUUUCUUCGGCGUGGUCACGCGCUUCUGGGGCCGCACGAUCCCGGCAUCGAGGCUCUGGGAGCGCAGCUUCACCUUUGUCGUGGGCGACAGGUACGAGCAGCUCAUGACGUGGGCGCUGACCAAGGGCGACGAGACGCCCAAGUACGGCACCGACCUGAACAUGACCAUCUACUACCCGGACAAGUACGACCCGCUGUGCACUGGGGAUGCGGUGCCCGAAGACAAGACGCUGCACAUGUCGCUGUCGCUGCAGUGCUACGCGGACACGCAGGCGCAGGCGCGCGUCUUGCUGUCCGCUUACGACGGCGAGAUGCCGCCCGCCGUGAGGGACGCGCUGAUCGAGAUGAAGCCCGUGACCGAGACGUCGUUCCAGCGCAUCUUCCGCACCAAGCGCGGGUUCAUCGGGCUCGGCGGCGACCAGCGCUGGAGCAUCCUGUCCAUUCUGUCGGACCCAGGCACGCCGCUUCCCCGGCUGCUCGAGAAGUGCAAGCCCGCGCUGACGGAGCUGCCGACGCGCACGAGCGUCGUCUUCAUCUGCACGUGCGACAUUGUGCCCGACGAGCAGGACUCGGCCGUCUCGAUCCCCCAGCAGUACUACAUCUCCACCAUCACCCAGUGGACCGACCCGGGACUCGAGCCGGGCAUAUACCAGCCCAUGCGGGACAGGUACAAGGCCACGCUGCCCGUGGCGGCGGGCACGUACGUGGCUGACUAUGAUGUCACCAACGACGACGCGAACGGGCGGGUCAUGAGCGACUCGGCGCUCGCGAGGUUCCUGGAGAUCCGCCAGAAGUGGGAUCCCAAAGGGCUGUUUCCCAACUACAAGAGGUUCAUCGAGACUCACGAGAAGAUCCGGCGGAUGGAGAGCAAGGCGAGGCUGUAG